AUGGACCAACUCACCGUUCCACUGCUCACGCUGAUUGACGGCGAUGUAUCGCGUGAGGUCGAGCGCAUUGCCAGCAAUUCUUCCGAGAAAGGACGUACGUUCGAAGACUUCUACCGUGAGGUCGACUAUCUACUUGUCCUAGCAGGAUACAGAGCAGACCUGGAUGAGGAGCUCUGGAACCUGACCAAGCGCCGCGAUGAAACAGUUUAA